UUUUUCAAACUUUUUUUUGGGAUUUCGGAAAAAGGAAAUGGUGAAAGAAACAGAGUAUUAUGAUGUUCUUGGUGUUAGUCCUUCAGCAUCUGAAGAGGAAAUUCGCAAGGCCUAUUAUCUCAAGGCCAGGCAAGUUCACCCUGAUAAAAAUCCAGAUGAUCCUCUUGCUGCACAAAGAUUUCAGGAAUUAGGGGAGGCAUAUCAGGUUUUGAGUGAUCCAGUGCAAAGAAAUGUAUAUGAUCAAAAUGGCAAGUCUUGUGUCUCCAGGGAAACUAUGCUUGAUCCGACUGCUGUGUUUGCGCUCCUCUUUGGGAGCGAACUUUUUGAAGACUACGUCGGACAUCUUUCUGUGGCAUCAAUGGCUUCCUCUGAAUUAGUUGGCGAAAAUGACGACCCUGAGAAAAUCCAUGAUAGACUCAAGGGUGUCCAAAAGGAAAGGGAAGAAAAGCUUGCUAGAAUACUCAAAGAUUUUCUUCAACAAUACGUUCGUGGUGACAGAGUGGGUUUUCUACGACGUGCUGAAUCUGAAGCUGAACGGCUUUCACAAGCAGCAUUUGGAGCUGAGAUUCUUCAAACUAUUGGAUACAUAUACACAAGACAGGCAGCCCAAGAGCUCGGAAAGAAAGCAAUUUACUUGGGAGUUCCAUUUAUGGCCGAAUGGGUUCGCAACAAAGGUCAUUUCUGGAAAUCACAGCUUACGGCAGCAAAAGGUGCUUUUCAACUGCUGCAACUUCAAGAAGAUGUUCGUCGCCAGUUUAAAAUGGAUGGUAGUGGCCCUGAAAAUGACGUUGAAUCACAUCUCAGAUUAAACAGAGAAACACUAAUGAAUUCAUUGUGGAAACUAAACGUUGUAGACAUUGAAGUAACUCUUUUGCAUGUCUGCCAAUUGGUUCUACAAGAAGGCAAUGUGAAGAAGGAAGAACUGAAGAAACGAGCGAUGGCUUUAAAGAUUUUGGGAAAAGUAUUUGAGAGGGAGAAGUGCGGACAAGGUGUUGGGACGUCAAAAAAGAUGACAAUAGGUGAUAUAAAUGCAGAGGAAACCAGUUCUGAUAGCAGUGAUGAUGAGGAAGACUCACCAACAACACUAAAUUAUAAAACUCCUCUACUCACACAGGGAAUAGGCAGACUCUUUAGAUGUCUGUGUAAUCCAGCAUUCGACGUGGAUGAUGAAGAGAUUGUGUACAAAGGCAAGUGAAGAGUUGUGGUUUCAUAUUCAUGAUACAACAACAAGAAGACAUAAAUUAACAUAUCAUAUACCGUUGCGGUACCCAUAAUUGAAAAACUCAGAAAGGCGUAAGCCAUGAUUUGUGCAGCUUUUGUUUGUAAUUGGAAAGAUUCUUGACAUUUUGCAAUCUGUAAUGAAAUGUUGUUUGAAGUGGUAAUAUUAAAAAU